UAAACUUUAAACCCUAUACGAAUAAAUCUUCCGAUCAAAUCGACCCCUGCCAACGACAAUGUCCGGCUUUCAAGAUACAUGCUCAAUAUGCUCAACCUCAAUGAAAGGCCAAGCCAUUUACACCGGAGAGUGUUCACAUUCUUUCCAUUUUCAUUGUGUUUAUUCAAAUGGAAACCAAAUCUGCCCGGUUUGCUUGGUGAAAUGGAAACAAGUGCCGCCCACAUUCUCACCACCACCACCACCAAACUACAACAGUCAUUUUGCGGCCCCUUUUUAUCGAUCCGUCCCACCACCACCACCAAUCUACAACAAUCCUUUUGCGGCCCCUAGGUUUUCGUUCUAUAAUAAUAAUGAGCCUGAUGUGUUUGAUGAUGAUGAAGCAUUGGAUGUACAAAGCUCAAGCAACAAUGCUACGGAUACAACAACAGAUGGAUUAUCUUUCAAAAGGUUACUAAUGGAAACAUAUACUGAAGUUCCAGCCGUGCCACGAUUGGCUGCUGUUGAUGAUUUUACGGUUUUGGUCCACCUCAAAGCCCCGGAUUCUAUUUCUAACCAGAAUUCUCGAGCCCCGGUUGAUCUUGUAAUGGUUCUUGAUAUUAGUGGUUCUAUGUCGGGCACAAAGCUAGCAUUAGUUAAACGGGCCACUGGUUUUGUGAUACAGAAUCUAGGAGCGGCGGAUAGGUUGUCAGUGAUUGUGUUUUCUGACGCUGCCAGUCGCCUCUUUCCACUCACAAAAAUGUCGGAUACAGGGAAGCAACACGCCCUCCAGGCUGUCAAUUCGCUGGUAGCAACUGGUGGAACAAAUAUUGCUGAUGGGUUGAGAAUGAGUGGUAAAGUGAUGCAAGACCGCCGUGAGAAAAACCCUGUUGCUAGUAUAAUGCUCUUGUCAGACGGUCAAGAUACUUAUGAUAUGCGCCACAGUUUCGUUACAGGUGGUACUCAAAACUGGUCAAAUAAUUCAAUUCCAGUCCACGCCUUUGGUUUUGGGAAUGAUCAUGAUGCUAAGUUGAUGCACUCAAUUUCUGAAAGAUCUAGGGGAACGUUUUCAUUCAUUGAAAACGAGAGAGCGAUACAAGAUGCGUUUGCUCAAUGCAUCGGUGGACUUCUAAGUGUCGUGGUCAAAGGUCUAGAGGUGGGUAUUGAGAGUGCAAACCCGGACAUUCUACUAAGAUCUUUAAAGGCAGGUAGUUACAAGAAUCAAUUAAUGCCAGAUAGGAAAUCGGGGUGUAUUGAUGUUGGGGAUUUGUAUGCUGAUGAAGAAAGGGAUUUUCUCAUCUCUGUCAACAUACCAAAGGAGACGACCUUCACGUGUCUGAAUGAGACGUCAUUAGUGAAGGUUAACUGUCAUUAUACCAAUCCGUUGACAAAAGAAGCCGUUAACUUAGUGAGUGAGAAUGCUACAAUUAAAAGACCAGAAAGUGUUGGAGAAGAAAAUGUUGUUUCAAUUAAGGUUGAUAAACAAAGAAACCGGUUACAAUCAGCAGAGGCCAUGGAACAAGCAAGAAAAGCAGCUGAAGAGAAUGAUUUAAAGCGAGCUGUUAGUAUACUUGAGAAUGUCCGCAAGGUCCUCUCUGAAAGCGUAUCUGCUAAAUCAGGAGACCCCCUUUGUAUGGCACUAGAUUCUGAGCUCAAGGAAAUGCAAGACAGAAUGGCUAGUAGGCGAACGUAUGAGGAUUCAGGAAGACCUUUUAUGCUAUCAGGUGUAAACACACACGGUUUACAAAGAGCCAUGGGUUCUGCUUGUGGAGGAACCUUUGGUGCAGCCAUGGGUGCAUCCUAUCAAACUCCAGCAAUGUUAGGUAUGGUAGCUCAGUCCCGGGCUGAUCCAUAUCAGCCUGCCUCGUCAUCGUUUACAUUCAAACCAAGGCCAAGAUGAAGGUGUCAUCUGCCCCCGUGCUACUUGGGCCGCAUCCUGCUUGGAAAUGCCAACUCUUCUGGAAGUACAGACUCGUUCUAGUUAGGGAAUAAUUUUAUUUCGUGUGUUAUUUUGAUUAUUAGAUAACCUCUCUGUUUGGUAUCUAUCUAUCUAUAUGUAGCACAUCUUAUAUUGUGCAGAUUAUGUUAUUUAGCUUUAUGGAAAACGUUUUAGGAUAUUACUGGAAUCUACUGUACUUAGUUAUCGUUCAUUUGUUUCGUUAUGUUAUCUAUCCAUAUUAA